AUGUUGAAUCAUAACCCAAAAAGAUUUGACCCAAGCACUACACCAUGUGCAAUGCCUUUUAUUAAGGACGGUGAAAUCGUAAGAGUUCCGGAUUCAACGGUUUACACAGCUGUUCAAAACAGUUUACAAAACAUUUUAGCGAAUAUCUUUAAUUCAGAAACUACAGAAAUAAAAUUACCAUAUAUAACAGAUGCUAAAGAAAUUAAAUCAAAAACGACAACAUUAUUUACGUCACUUAAUGAUUUAAUGACUUAUAUCAUUAAUAUUCCUGCACCAACUACAGCAUUUGAUCCAAACUCGACGGUUUGCAGUGUACCUUUCAUAAAUGACAGUUCAUUAAUUACUUUAAGGGAUUCGACAGUAAAUGAAUCAUUAAAGGCGUCAUUAAUGAAAAUCAUUGAUUUUAACUCAUUCACGAAUACAUAUAAUUCAUUCAUUAAUGUUUCAUAUGCUUCUAAAGAAGGUGAGCCAAAAACUAUCGAUAAAGCGGUGUAUGAAAUAAAAGCAUCAACGACGAAAUUGAAUUCGUUAACUUUUGACGGUGAUAGUUUCGUUAAUGACAUAACAUCGGGGAAAACAAUUUUAACGAAAGAAUACUUAAAAUCUCAUGUUAGUGAGUUCGUUGAAAUUGAAAAAGAAGGUGGAAUUAAGUUCGAUCCACUGAAUUUCAUUUUCAGCUUAGCGAAUGCGGGUGUUAGUUUCGCUGAAUGGACAACUAUACAGAGUGAAAUAAAUGCAAUAUGGACGUUUUUGGGGUCAAAAGCGGGAAUGGGUGAGCUUGUAAAUGCUGCAAGAACAUUAGGUGAAACAGGAAAUUUUGUAGAUGGUUUUAAAAGACUUGUUUCAAAUGUUUUAACAAACACAAAGAAAUUAUUUAGAUAUACCGUACAUAACGGACGGAUUUUCGAACAGAUAGCAACAAACCCUCCGGUUAUGGCUGCGUUGAUGAUGGUUAGAGAUAUAAAACCACGUAACGACGGGAACGAAGAACAUGAACAACAGGAUACUGGUCGGGUUAUUCGAGACAUUAAAAACGUGUAUCCUGAAGUUAUUGAUUUAUUUAGAGGA